AUGGGAAGAAUAAUGGAAUUCAGUAGGAGAGAAAAAUAUUCAAUUUUUCUCUUCCUUAUAAAAACAGCUUUAUUUUUUGUUAUAUUUUCGGUACUAAAUACUUCUAACCAUGGAAAAUGUGAUAAAACGCGUGGUGAGAAAAAUGACUUUGAAGUACGCAGCAGAUCUUUAGCGAUGAGAAAUGCAAACCCUGGGAGAAAUCGCAUACCAAGGACUCGUCUAGUGGAAGAAAUUAUCCCUGCUGGAUAUAAGGAGUAUACUGAAAACUAUGAAGUUAAGCGUUUUAAAUUGAAGGAGAGCGUAGACAAUGGAAAAAGGGAAUGCGAUGAGAAAUAUGAAGCAUCAGGAUAUGGAUUCAAGGAGGGUGCUCCUUAUGAAAUGCCACGAGCAGGUGGUUAUCGAGGACCAAAUUUGAGGAAGUUGAGAGAUAAUUUCCCUAUGGGACGAAAUUCUUCUAAUGGUGGUGAAAAUGGUGAAGGUUCUGGUUCCUUGAUAGACAAUUUGCCAGGUUCAUUAGAAGCAUGUAACCGAAUAAUGUACUCCCCCAAAAAGAAAGUUGGAGAAAAGUCCAAAAACGAGGUAAAGCAAGAAUCAUCAGGAUAUCCAUUAAGAAAUAAGAUGCCUAGUGGAUUGAAGGUAUAUGAAAAAGGUGAAAAGGGUGAAAGUUGCAAAUUAAAACAUGAGGCACCAGGAGGAUUAAGGAAGGGAGGAAAAGAAAAAACUUCGGGACAAGGUGCACAUAAGAAUAAGCCAAAAGGAGAAUUGAACGAAAUAGAAAAAGGGGAAAACUCACAGAAGAAGGUAAUAGUGAAUGAACCCAAGGAUGGAUUGAACGAGAAGAAAGAAGAAAAGGAUACAAAAGAAGGAAAAAGUGAUGAUCAACAAGUGAGCCACUUGAGUAAUACAACAACGAAGGAUACACCUGAACAUAUGCCUGAGACUGAAAAACAGGAUAAACCAGCUGAUGUUUCUACAGCAGAUAAGCAUCCAACUGUAAAGGAAACUGAGAAACAGGACAAACCAAAAUAUACUUAUGGAAGUUACAAAUAUCCCACUGUAAAGGAAACUGAAAACCAGGAUAAACCAAAAUAUACUUAUGGAAGUUACAAAUAUCCCACUGUAAAGGAAACUGAAAACCAGGAUAAACCAAAAUAUACUUAUGGAAGUUACAAAUAUCCAACUGUAAAGGACACUGAGAAACAAGAUAAACCAGCUGAUGUUUCUACAACAGAUAAGCUUCCAACUGUAGAAGAAACUGAAAAACAGGAUAAACCAGCUGAUGUUUCUACAACAGAUAAGCUUCCAACUGUAGAAGAAACUGAAAAACAGGAUAAACCAACUGAUGUUUCUACAACAGAUAAGCUUCCAACUGCAGAAGAAACUGAAAAACAGGAUAAACCAGCUGAUGUUUCUACAACAGAUAAGCUUCCAACUGUAGAAGAAACUGAAAAACAGGAUAAACCAACUGAUGUUUCCACAACCGACAAGCAUCCGACUGUAGAAGAAACUAAAAAACAGGAUAAACCAGCUGAUGUUUCUACAACAGAUAAGCAUCCAAUUGUAGGAGAAACUGAAAAACAGGAUAAACCAAAAUAUACUUCUGGAAGUUACAAAUAUCCCACUGUAAAGGAAACUGAGAAACAGGACAAACCAAAAUAUACUUAUGGAAGUUACAAAUAUCCCACUGUAAAGGAAACUGAGAAACAGGAUAAACCAAAAUAUACUUAUGGAAGUUACAAAUAUCCCACUGUAAAAGACACUGAAAACAAGGAUAAACCAAAAUAUACUUAUGGAAGUUGCAAGUAUCCAACUGUAAAGGAAACUGAGAAACAGGAUAAACCAAAAUAUACUUAUGGAGGUUACAAGUAUCCCACUGUAAAAGACACUGAAAACAAGGAUAAACCAAAAUAUACUUCUGGAAGUUACAAAUAUCCAACUGUAAAGAACACUGAAAAAACGGAAAAACCAAAGGAUAUUUCCACAACAGACAAGCAUCCGACUGUAGAAGAAAGUAAAAAACAGGAUAAACCAGCUGAUGUUUCUACAACAGAUAAGCAUCCAAUUGUAGGAGAAACUGAAAAACAGGAUAAACCAGCUGAUGUUUCUACAACAGAUAAGCUUCCAACUGCAGAAGAAACUGAAAAACAGGAUAAACCAGCUGAUGUUUCUACAACAGAUAAGCUUCCAACUGUAGAAGGAACUGAGAAGGAUGACGCCUUUGCUCAAGCAUUGUGUAAGUACGAAGAACCUAAGGUAAAAGAAGAUGAACAGAACAACCCUCCAUCUUCAUCGUUGUGCAAAUACACUUGCCCUAAGGAAGAGGAAUCCCAAAAGGUGAAUGAAAAUGAAUCAGCAGGAACAAAUGCUAAUGCAGAUGGUACUUCUAGUGAUAAAUUGGAAAAGAAAAAUAUGAAAAAACCAUUACCAGCCAUUUCUUCAAUUGAUAAAAGUCCGAUUGUAAAAGAACCUGAAGAAUUAGGAGGAGAAUUUGGGGAAAAGGAAAAAAAAGAGAAAUCUGAAAAUUUGAAAGAAGAUUCUGAAAAUAAAUAUGCUUCAGGAGGUUUAGGAGACGCGGAAAAAUCAGACGAUAAGGAAAACAAAACUGAAAAUAAGAAUAAUGUCUCAAGUACAAAUAAGGAACAAAGCGAAGGUCUGAACUCAAAAGACAAAUCAGAUAGUUCCGAUAAGCUCUUAGAAGAGGAGCUCGAUGACGAAGUAUACACGGAAGGUUCAAAUUCUUCAUCAAGUAAAAAAGACCAAAAAGAUAAAAAGAAGGAUAAAAAAGAUAAAAAGAAGGAAAAAAAAGAAAAAAAAGAAAAAGAAAAAAAAGAUAAAAAAGAAAAAAAAGAAAAAGAAAAAAAAGAUAAAAAAGAAAAAAUGAAAGGAAAAAAGAGCUCGUCUUCUUGCCUAUGCUGCUGCCCUUUCAAAUGA